AUGAAAUAGACAUACAAUCCAAAUAGAGAAUACUUGUCAAUUUAUAAAUAAAUUUGUUAAGAAUAACAUGUACAUUUAAGUAAAACAAUAAGUAUAUUUUUUGGAUAAUAUUUUAUAGCAUAGGGUUUGAAAGAUUAAUCACUAAAAUUGAAUGCCAUUUUAAUAAGAAUAGAGGAUAUAAUUCCAUUAUAAUUAUUAUUAAGUUUGUGUCAUUUUGAUUCAAUAAUUGUAUAUGGUAGAUUAAGAAAGAAAAUGAAUAAAAGUAUUAAUAAGCUUAAAUUUAUAAUAGAUGAUUUAGUAAGUUUAGAGGAACUAUAAUAAAUAAUAAAUGGAAUAUUAACAGCUAUAAAUUUAAAUUUGACAUAAAGUUAAUUCAAUUUAAUGCAAAUACAUAUUACUGAUUUGAUUUUGAGUCCAAAAGAUUGUGAAUCUAUAUCAUUUGGAUUAAAGAGUACAAAAACAUUAAAAGAACUUAAGAUUACAAAUUGUAGUUUAACAAGUUAACAUUUAUAAAUAUUAUCUGAACCAAUCUAAUAAUGUGUUUCAUUAAAUUUAUUAGAUUUAUCCAAUAAUUUAUUAAAAGAAAAUGCUGGAAUGAUAAUUGGUAAAAUAAUAAGUUCACAUGCAGGUAGAAGAGAUGAAAUGAAAUGGGCAGAAGAAAUAAGAGGAGAUGGUAAUAUAAUAAAUAAUAAAUUAUUAGAACCUCCAUAAUAAUUGGCAUUGUAAGGAUUAUGUGAAAUAUUUUUACAUUAGAAUAUGUUUGAUGAUAGAUGUGUAAAAGAUUUGUGUAAUUUUUUAAUGUAUGAUUCAUGGACAAAGAAUAUUGGUUUAAGAGAAAAUCAAAUAGGAGAAGAAGGUGUUAAAUUAUUUAGUUAGAUUUUGGAUACAAAUGAAUCCUUAAUCUCAUUAGAUCUUAGAGAAAAUCCAGGAUUUGUUGAACCAUAUUCUAAAGAUAUAUUUGAUAAGUUGGUUCGAAAUAUCAAAAUAUUUAAGGAAUAAAAGAAUUAUUAUGAAGAUGUUGAAGAGAAUUAAUAAGAUGAAUAUCCUAUCAUUUAAGAAUAAUAAUAAGAGGAAUCUGAAGAAUUAGGUUAGUAGUUUAUUUUAGUUAGAAUGUCCUAAUUGUAAGAAUUUAUUGAAGUAGAAUAAACAAUUGCAAAGAAGAAUAUAAUAAUUACAAUAGAGACCAAGAUAUGAUUCAUAAUUAAUGAAUUAAGAAAUAAAUAAGGAUGAUGAAUAAUAAUCAGGAGAUUUAUUGAUUUAAAUUGAGAAUAAAAUGAAUGAAUUAACUACAUUAAUGGAUAUGUUAGAAUAAUCUAAAUAAUAAUAAUAUUAAUAAUAAUCUGGAAACAAGGGGAAAAAGAAGAAGAAGAAAAUACUUAAGUAAACAAUUUGA